AUGAGCCGCCUCGCUACGCCUCGAGCGAGUUCUUCGCUCAAGGCAUUACCGCCGUCCGGCUAUCUGCACAUACGAUCUUUGGAGUUCAUCCUCUACUUUCCGGAGGAGCGAGCACGAGGAGACUGGCUCCGCACCCUCGACCGUAUCAACGACGCAGGCGGACUCGACCUGCGGUUUGUGCGCAUCUGUUUCUGCAAUUACACGCCCAGCUGGGAGGCGUGGAAGGCCACCACAGUCCGGGACCGGUCGGGCGGUAUGGCGAUGCUGAGACGCUUUGUCGGGGAGCACCUAUGGUCGUUCCCUUGA